AUGGCAGGCUCUUUGAGACUUCUCAUCUCCAUUUCCUUGUACUCUCUUCUUUUCCAAACUGCCAUCGCCUCUCCCCGCGCCGCCUCAAAAAGUCACGACUCUUCACCCUCUGUAAAAUGGGGUGCUUGUCCUAAAGAAGUUCUCCCUGGCGUCGACUGCGGCACCAUCGACGUCCCAAUCGCAUACCACAAAGGCAACUCGACCACUGCAGAUGGAGACAAGACAGUCAGACUUGCUCUGACCCGUCUGAACCACACAGGCAAGGCCGACAAGCCGAAGCAAGGCACACUGUUCUUCAACCCUGGAGGCCCCGGUGUAUCCGCUGCGUUCCUCGUCUCAGCGGCUGGCACGGGUUUCGUCUCGCAGCUUGAGUUUUCCAAGGACCUGCGAGAAAAUUACGACAUUAUUGGUCUUGACCCUCGCGGCGCAGGCUUCAGCACGCAGGUCCAGUGUGAUCCCAAUAUCUUCAACGAGAGAGUCGCCACCUUUGUCGAGGAUGAAGCCGGAUACAAGAAGCUCCUCAACUAUAGCCGACGCUUAGGUGAAAGCUGCACAAAACUCACUGGUCCUCUGAUAAACCACCUCGAUAGCAUCCACGCCGCCAAAGACCACGAACUCGUCCGCCGCGCUCUCGGCUCUCCCAAAUUCAACCUUCUCGGUCUAUCUUACGGCACUUUGAUAGGCACCCAGUACCUAAACUUGUUCCCCGAGACAGUCGGCCGCAUGUCCCUCGACGGCUUGGUAGAUCUUACCCAGUCCGAGACGAUGACUCUCCUUACAGAGACGGUUACGUAUGAGACAACGCUGAACAAAUUCUUCGACUGGUGUGAUCAUAAUUCUACAUGUGCUCUGCACGGCAAGAAUGCCAGCCACACCUUUGACCAGAUCCUCGCCCGCGCCGACUCAAAGCCCAUCCCUGCCCCAGGAUGCAAAAAGACGUGCCGAUCCAAUGUCACCGGCGAAGAAAUCCGAUCAAAUGUCCAAAACUUUCUCAUCUUUGUCGACCUCCCUCUUGGCGACAACUGGAUCGCACUCGGAGAAGCAUUGGCAGAAGCCAGCAAGGGAAAUGCAACAGCUUUAUCGACAACACUCCAAACCUCACGCAUCGCGACUGACUUGACUGGCGAAUCUCCCUACGCAUACCUUGCCAUUGGAUGCCAGGAAUGGAAGCAUCAGUCCCGGUCAGCAACAGACUUUAAGCAGAAGCUCCUCACAGCUUCCGUAUUUGCCCCAAGGACUCGCGGUGCCUCACAGUCAUACUACUAUCAAAGCACCUGCAUAGGCUGGCCAGCCCCGGUAACUGACAUCAAGGCACCUUCAGCCAAGAGUGCGAAGGAGGCCCCAACCGUCCUACUGGCAAACUCUGUCUAUGAUCCUGAUACCAGCGUGGCUUGGGCCCAGAGUGUCAGGGAGCAGUUGGAUCACAGGGUGAGCAUCACUAGGAAUGGAUAUGGACACACGAGCUUCUACCUUCAUGGUGAUACGAGCAAGGCUUUGGAGACAUUUCUGGCGAGUGGAAAGUUGCCCAAGGAUGGCACAGUAUACAAAACCUAA